UCGCCGCUGCCCACGCCGCAGGCGCCGCGGGUGGAGCUGCAGGGCGCCGAGCUCUGGAAGCGCUUCCACGAGAUCGGCACCGAGAUGAUCAUCACCAAGGCGGGAAGGCGGAUGUUUCCCGCAAUGAGAGUGAAGAUCUCAGGUUUAGACCCACAUCAGCAGUAUUACAUUGCUAUGGAUAUUGUGCCAGUGGAUAACAAAAGAUACAGAUACGUUUAUCAUAGCUCCAAGUGGAUGGUGGCUGGUAAUGCUGACUCCCCGGUACCGCCUCGUGUUUAUAUUCACCCCGAUUCACCUGCCUCUGGGGAGACGUGGAUGAGACAAGUGAUCAGCUUUGACAAACUGAAGCUUACCAAUAAUGAGCUGGACGAUCAAGGGCAUAUUAUCCUUCACUCUAUGCACAAAUACCAGCCUCGUGUCCACGUCAUCCGAAAAGACUGUGGAGAUGAUCUGUCCCCAGUCAAGCCUAUCCCUUCAGGAGAAGGGGUGAAGGCCUUCUCCUUUCCAGAGACAGUUUUCACUACUGUCACAGCGUACCAAAAUCAACAGAUAACCCGUCUGAAGAUUGAUAGGAAUCCAUUUGCCAAAGGGUUUAGAGAUUCAGGACGUAACAGAAUGGGACUGGAAGCUCUGGUAGAAUCUUACGCAUUCUGGAGACCUUCCCUGAGGACGCUUACAUUUGAAGACAUACCUGGGAUACCCAAACAAGUCCAUAACCUCCUUGUUUCCGCUUUCCUCAUUGAACAGGUAGUGCUUAGCACAACUGUGAAUAUGUCUAUGAGUGGCAAUGAUGGGGAUGCAUUCAGCUGCCCGCAGACUGGCUUAUCUAUGCAGAUUUCAGGGAUGUCUCCACAGCUCCAGUACAUCAUGCCAUCCCCAUCCAGCAAUGCCUUUACCACUAACCAAACCCACCAAGGCUCCUACAACACGUUUAGACUGCACAGCCCCUGUGCGCUCUAUGGAUAUAACUUUUCCACAUCCCCUAAACUGGCUGCCAGUCCUGAGAAAAUUGUUUCUUCCCAAGGAAGUUUCUUGGGGUCCUCGCCAAGUGGAACCAUGACGGAUCGGCAGAUGUUGCCCCCCGUGGAAGGAGUGCACUUACUUAGCAGUGGGGGGCAGCAGAAUUUCUUUGACUCUAGGACCCUAGGAAGCUUAACACUCUCGUCUUCUCAAGUGUCUGCACAUAUGGUUUGAUGAAGCCUUUAAGUAAAAGUACAGUAUGUUUGGUGUCUACAAUGUAUUUCUUUUGGAAUAUGAAAGGACACUCGAUGUAGCUUGUAAAGUGUGUGUAUAUAUAAUAUGAGAGGAAGUUUCACUGAAUUUUUGAUUUGCUUGUGGCCAGAUUAUUCUCCUAUUUUGAGUUACACAGAGUUUGCUGCAGCGCAGACUGCUUUAGUUUUCUGGUAUAAUACACUUAGUUGUACAACACGUUGGGACAUAUGCAACAAAUUAAGUAAGACUUCCUCCCCUUUCCCCCUCCUUUGUUCUAACCCCUUUAAAGAAUGAAAUGACACUUGGAGUAUUAAACAACACAAACAAGCCCACUUACAUUUCCUAUAGUACUAGUGAGUUUUUUGAAAACAUUCAUAAAAUGAUAAGCUGAUGCACCAAAGGUAUUUUACAAGUUUCUUCUCUGUUAUAAGGGAUAUGAAGAGUAUUUGGACUUUUAAGUGUUAUGCAUCAAGAAUCCAGCCUAAAAUAGAAGUUUAGGUAAUGGAUUAUUUACGAAGUAAACAGAAAGAUUAGUUUGCCUUCUCAUGAUAUGCUGGUUUUAGCUUAUCAAAGGCACAGCAUUCUCACUAGGAAUUUUUUUUUUUUCAGCAUUAGUCUAGAUUAAUGAUUAGGUACUUGAAGACAAAUAAUGCAUAUUCAAAUUGUGGUGAUAGUAAUUUAAACCAACAGCAGAAGAAGCAGCAUUCCUUGGUACAGAAUGAACUUCAGGGUGCUUCAUUUUUGUCAAAGGGCUUGAUGCAUUUUUUGCCUCCAUAAAUACUGCCUAUAAGACAUUUACUGACAGUAGGAUAUUCUAAUGUAUCUUUAUUUUUAUAUUUUUACUUUUUUAAAGGAAAAUGCAGGUUUGAUUUAGGA